AUUUCUAACAAGCUAGCAAUCAUCAACUUGAGCAUAAUUUUAAACCAAUCUUCUUUUGAAAUAACGGCUUUUUAAACCGCAGUGACAAGUGUUGCCAGACUUAAAAUAUAUAUUACAAAACGGUAGCUUUUAUUAAGUGAACAGUUUACGAAAUUACAAAGAGUGUGCAGAUAUUAUUAUGUUCAAUUGACUUGAAUAAAAGUCCUUCUGCUUCGUUUCAACAAAACAAAUCAACUCUCGCUCGUUAAGUUUAAAAUAAAGACACAAAAUGGCGGCUACUGUACCAGCUGCCUCACACAUGAAGUUCUAUUUAUUUCAUAAUUAACGUUACAGUGUGUAGACAACUAUGAAAGCAAUAUUUAUAACUAUAUUUCUAAAUUAUGAAUUGUUCCUCUGUAAAACUGUACAUAAAGUACACAAACCACAAUAUAAGAAACACCACUCAGCCUUCAAAACAGAAGAUACAGAAAACCGUCAAGCACCAAUCUUCCGUCAGGGAGGCUUUCCAUCAUACGAUGUCACAGAAGUAUUCUGGGAUGAUCAAAAACAACUAGAUCAAAUACCAGCAGAGAAGUCUACAUUCCUACCACCAAUAGCAGAAGAACCAGUUCUGACGCCCCCACCAGUUGAUUACGAUGAAGAAGGAGAGUAUUAUACCCCUCCCCCCAAUCAAGAAGAAGAAGGCUCCCCAGAACAGAUAGAUGACAGAAAUUGGGACGAGACAACUCCCCCUUACGCGACACCAUAUACACACUACGUCACUUAUAACGAAGAACCAAGUCUUACUACAAAUCCUCUUCUAAACAUCGCCGAUUUUCCUUCAACACCGGCUAUAGACGACUAUGGAAACACAUUAUACGAUCCAGCUAUAGCCAACCAUACAUAUUUUUCAACAUUUGAAGUGAAUAGAGAUUCUCGUAUAAAUUAUUUAGUGCACACUCUAGCUUUCCCGUCUUCUAUAGCUCCUUUGCCGGCUGAACUUGAUAGCUUUUACACUCUCAAACCUGAUCCAAAUGCUUUUGUUACCUGUACCACUACCACUACUUCAACCACAAGUACCACUGCAUCCCCACCACCAGAGACGAGUAUAGAACCGCUUGCAAAGCUAAUACAUCGUACCCCAGAAACAACAAGUUUUAAAUCUAAUGUUGCAAUGAAGAUAUCAGGGAAUGAGUUGUCCAAAGUCAAGAAUUGGUUCAGUAAGGUGACCGAUGCAACUCCUGUUCUGAAGUGGAUUUCGUCUUGGGCUGUUUUUACUAAAGAGCCACGGAGCAAAACGCAAAUGUGGCUUCAACAGAUGAGGGAUUUUGGUGUUCCUGUGCAGAGAGAAGACUCUAGGUUGCCAAGGUCUCUGCUACCCCCUCUGGACUUCCAACCGUCCACUGCCACGAGAGCAACGGCUAAGUACACAAUUUUUUUAAUGGUAUAA